ACUGUGGAUGAAGUCCUGGUCCAUGAUAAGAUUAUGGUCCUUCAGUUCUGCCUGUGGAUGCUGCAAUUUCUUCCUGCCUGGUCACCAACUGUACAUGCUAAGUACAGUAGCCCUCCUGAAGUAGUGAUACCAGUGAGGGUCACCGAUACUGGGAGACAUAAUAGUUCUCUAGGGUGGCUGUCCUAUGGCCUGCGCUUUGGAGGAGAGAGACACAUUAUCACCAUGAAACGCACGAAAUACUUUAUAUCCAGAAACUUCUUACUGCUCACCUACACUGACCAAGGUGAUCUCCGUGGAGAGCAGCCUUUUGUGCAGACUGAUUGCUACUACCACGGCCACGUAGAUGGAGACCCAGAUUCCACCGUCAUUAUUAACACCUGUUUAGGGAGUUUGCAAGGCAUACUAGAGAUAAAUGGCACAGCAUAUGAAAUCAUGCCAAAGAAUCUGACUUCCACAUUUGAACAUCUCAUAUACAAAAUAAACAGGGAGGACUCAGAAUUACAUUCUAUGAGAUGUGGGCUAACAGAUGAAGAAAUAGCGCGACAAAUGAAGAUUCAGGAAAGCAAAGACUCCACACUAAUGCAAAGCCAGUAUGAGAAUUGGUGGACUCAUCACAAGUAUCUUGAAUAUUUUGUGGUGAUAGAUAAUCAACGAUAUGUUUAUAGAGCAAAUAAUGUCACAACCUGCAUGCUAGAAACAUUUGAAAUUGUCAACGGACUAAAUGGUUAUUAUCUUCAGAUAGAUAUUAGUGUGAUUAUAACUACACUGCAAGUUUGGACCCAAAUAAAUGAAGUCAAUGUAACACGAGGUAUAGGCCAUGUCCUAAGUGAUUUCUGCAGUUGGAAGAAUAGACACUUUCACAAUCGCAUUAGACAUGAUCUUGCACAUCUUUUACCCAGGCAAAGUUAUGGUGGAACUUUAGGGCUAGCUUAUGUAGGUACAGUUUGCACAAGAACUAAUUGUGCAGUUAACAGUUUCAGGACGGAUAGAUUAUCAGACCUGUCAUUCAUUAUAGCACAUGAGAUGGGUCAUAAUUUGGGUAUGCAUCAUGAUGAGAAAUACUGUACAUGUGGGUUAUCAAAUUGUAUAAUGGCCCCAGCAAAAUCUGAUUCCCCUAAGUUCAGCAACUGCAGUUAUGAGAGUAUGUAUUCCACGAUAACCAGGAGAAAUUGUUUGAAUAAUGAUCCAGAUAUAGUCGUAACCAUCAACCUCACCUUGUGUGGGAAUAAUGUGGUUGAGGAAGGAGAGCAGUGUGACUGUGGAUCCUUGGCAUCCUGUCUACAUGAUCCAUGCUGUAGCGAAGACUGUGUGUUCAAACCCAAUGCUGAAUGUGCUCAAGGGCUUUGCUGCAAAGACUGCAAGUUCAAACCAUCAGGAACAGUGUGUAGAAGACAGAAAAAUGAAUGUGACCUUCCAGAGUGGUGCAAUGGGACUUCAGCUGAGUGUCCAGAAGACGUAUACAAGAAAGAUGGGAGCCCUUGCAGGGAUGAUGGUUAUUGCUAUAAAAUGAAAUGUCCUAAACGUGAAGAACACUGUCAGAGGCUGUUUGGCAAAACAGCCAGGAGUGCAAAUAAGAAUUGCUACGUGAAAAUGAACAAACAGGGUGACCGUUUUGGUAACUGUGGUAACGAUAGCUCUAACUACAGAAGAUGCGAUAACGCUGAUGUACUCUGUGGACGAAUUCAGUGUGAAAAUGUAAGACAGAUUCCACGUAGGAGAAGCCAUGAAACAGUGCAUUGGACUCACUUCAAUAAUGUCAAUUGCUGGAGUAUAGACUAUCAUUUUGGAAUGACAUUAGCAGACAGUGGAGCAGUGACAGAUGGCACAGGUUGUGGUCAAGAUCUUAUAUGUGUUGACAGGAAGUGCAUCCAUAAGUCUGAUUUGUUAAGUAAUUGUUCAGCAUUCCAGUGCAAUAUGAAAGGAGUCUGUAACAAUAAACAUCACUGCCACUGUGACGUCAACUGGGAGCCACCACACUGUCAACUAAGUGGCUUUGGAGGUAGUAUAGACAGUGGACCACCUCCAAGGAUACGUAAGUCCAACAUAGGUAUGCUCGUACUAGGUUUAAUGAUUUUCUUUUUGGUUUUAUUUUCCUUGAUUUUCCUAAUUACAACAAAGAAAUCCCGCCAUAAACUCAAGGAAAUGUUAUACUCAAAUACUGAACCUGGCAUUGAUGACAAAAGCAAAAAUACCAAGUAA